UGACUCUGGGCUUUGCUGAGGGGAGGGGCCACUGUUUGUUAGAUAUAAAAGGAAAAGGGUUAAACCUGGUACAACAACAGCACACAGGAACAACUCCUCCAGCAUGAGCAACACUGGCAUAAGCAUGAGGGGCAAGAUCAUCUUCUACGAGGACAGGAACUUCCAGGGUCGCUCCUACGAGUGCAUGAGCGACUGCUCCGACAUGUCCUCCUACCUCAACAGGUGCCAGUCCUGCCGGGUGGAGAGCGGCUGCUUCAUGGUCUACGAGCGCCCCAACUUCAUGGGCAACCAGUACUUCAUGAGGAGGGGCGAGUACUCCGACUCCAUGAGCAUGAUGGGCAUGCGGGACUGCAUCAGGUCCUGCCGUUCCAUCCCCAUGCACAGAGGCCAGUUCCGGAUCAAGAUCUUUGAGAGGGAGAACUUCAGCGGCAUGAUGCACGAGCUGCACGAGGACUGUGACAACAUCAUGGAGCGCUUCCGCAUGAACGACUGCAUGUCCUGCCAGGUGAUGGACGGCCACUGGCUGCUGUUUGAGCAGCCCCACUUCCGUGGCAGGAUGAUGUACGUGAGGCCCGGCGAGUACCGCAGCUUCAGGGAGAUGGGCAUGAGCAACAUGAGAUUCAUGAGCAUGAGACGCAUCAUGGACUCCUGCAACUAAAUGUCACUGAAUGCACAACACUGCAAUGAAAUAAAGUACUUCUUGCACUA